AAAACACACACAAACAGAGACACCUGUACACACACACAGACAUGUACAUACACACACAUACACACACAGAAACAUGUACACACACGCACAUUCAGACACAUGUAUACACACACAGACAACUGUACAGAUACACACAUGUACAUACACACAGACACAUGUACAAUUGUACAUGCAUACACAGACACACACAAAACACACACACACGUACACACACACACCCCCUCCAUAAAAAGUUGCAGUACAUCGUUGUUCACUCACAGAUCCGGGUACUGCACUCUAGGGGGAGGCAGAGAGCACAGCAUACAAUCCUUGCUUUGCUUUCACUGCGCUCAGCUAUUGAGUAGUCUGACGGCUCCCAGUACCAAUGACAGAUCUGGCAUGAGCUCCGAGCCUGCUCAGCAAGACGGCCCUGGGGGAGACACUCACCCCCACCAUAAGUUCCACUCGCCAUUGGCGAGCAGGGACGCCGAGUGGAAAUUUCAAGCCCUGGAUUACAGUGUAUUGUAUGUA